UUAGUUUGUGUAUGUUCAGUCAUGUCCAAUUAUCCACCAUCUAAUUUAAAUUUUGGACCUCCUGGAAAUCCUGCCCCAUAUCCUGUCUAUCCUCCUGGAAACAAUUAUCCAGCAUUUCCUGCUCCAUAUAAUUAUCCAACUACUGGUUAUCCACCUCAGCAGCCUAUGAUGGAUCAUUCUGGAUAUCCCAAUUCUGGAAAUCCACAAAAUUAUCCUCAGCCUGGAGGUCAACAGAAUUAUCCACAUCCUGGAGGUGUGCAAAUUUCCCCUACACCUGGAGGUCAGCAAAUAUAUCCUCAACCUGGUGGUCAACAAAAUUAUCCCCAACCUGGAGGUGUACAAAUUUCUCCCACACCUGGAGGUCAACAAAAUUAUCCCCAACCUGGAGGUGUACAAAUUUCUCCCACACCUGGAGGUCAACAAAAUUAUCCCCAACCAGGAGGUGUACAAAUUUCUCCCACACCUGGAGGUCAACAGAAUUAUCCUGGUGUUGGACCAGGUCCUGAUGGAGGAAUGCCUGGAGCUGGAUUGCAGCCUGAAAUUUGUCCUACUGCACCUGAUAUUGGGCAAAUAGAAAAAAUUCCUGGUUAUGAAGGAAUUACUUUUGAAGAAGUUGUUUUGCCUCCUCCAACUUUUCCCUCCUGGGAACCUGAUCAGCGUGAUCAUAAGCCUUUGCAAAACCUACCAGUAUUAUCAGAAGAAGAAGUGCGGGAUGCAGUUACUCAGUAUGCAUCAGAAAAUUGUUGCUAUGGAUCCAAACCUGCACGUGAAAUGAAAGUGAAAGAAAUAGAGAUGAUGAGUGCUUUUCAUUACAAACUAGAAACGUUUGCUGAAAAACGAGAAUCUGCAUGGAAAUUUGAACCAUAUACUGGUCAGUCCAUUGAUGGACCAGCAAAUGGACCAGCCCCUUCUCCAUGGGAUGUAACAGUUCCACCUUCUGACUAUUUCAAGGAUGGAAAGAAAAAAGUUGAAGUGCCACAUACUGCAUUUGUCAAACCAUGCCAUGCUUGUGUUGGAAUUGGUCGUGUUCGUUGUUCAAAAUGUGAUGGUUAUGGAAGAAAACAAUGCACUUGGUGUGAAGGAAGGGGUAGACGAAAACGUUUUGAUCAAGAAGAACAAUGUGAUUCUUGCGGUGGUUCUGGCUUUGAUAGAUGUAUCAGAUGCAGUGGUUCUGGGCAAGUGAAAUGUCCAACUUGCAAUGGAAAAGGAAAUUUAAAAGCUUUUGUUGAGUUAACUGUUUCUUGGGCAAAUCAUGUGGAUGAUUAUAUAUCAGAAACAUCCAGUAUGCCUAAGGAACUAGUAAAACAAGUUACAGGCCAGGUUGCUUAUGAAGAAGAAAAUCCUAGGGUCUUUCCUAUCAUGCAUGCUCCUGAUGUUGCUGUACGUAAUGCUUCAAAUGAAUUAGUGACAAAGCAUGGAUCUGCUUUUACUAAUGAACGAAUUUUGAAACAAAGGCAAUGUCUUAGAAUCAUACCUAUUGGCCAUGUAAAAUAUGAGUAUAAUGAUAAAGUUGAUGAAUUCUUUGUUUAUGGCUAUGAACAUAAAGUAUAUUUCAAGAGCUAUCCCCAGAAAUGUUGUUGUUGCACCAUUAUGUAGUCAUCCAUAUUAUCAGCAUAUUUGUCUAGAAAAAACAUGCAAUUUGGAUUCGAUUUUCCAUUUAUUAUUUUUUGUCUUAAUUUCAUUUAUUUUGAGAUUCCUUUUUAAUAUAAAAAUUAUAAAACUUUUUCUUGAUAUGUACUUAAACAGUUUGCUUAAAUGCUGCAUUUUAUUACUUAAAAUACAGUUGUUAAAAGAUUACACACAAAAAGUUUUUUAUCGAGCUUCUUUAAACUUUGAGAUUAAUAGCCCAGUAUUGGAAGUUAUGUUGAUACUCAGGUAUUUUGAAUCUUAUAUUGUGAUAAUUUAUAAAGAAAAAAUUAUUUAGUUGUUAGAAGCUAUUUUGUAAAUUAUUUUGCUACUCUGCUGAAUUAGAAGAUAUUUUUAAUGAUAAAAUGAGCUUGUAUCAAUUGAAAAAAUUUUCUAGAAAGUUAAUCAAUUACUAAGUGCUAUAUUUUGGAAUUUCAUACUACUUUUAUAAUUUUUGCUACUCUGCUGAAUCAAAAGUUAUUUUUUUAUUGCUUCAUAGAGCUUGCAUCAAUUAAAGAUAUUUAUAUUAAAAGGUUAAAAACUUCUAAAUACUGUAUUUUUUCAUACAAAUAAAGUUCUUAUGAACAAAACAGGUGCUAUUCUGUUGAUACAGUGUUAUAUUUCACUUUUAUUUUUUAAAUAAUCUUAUUUUAGUUUCCUGAAAUUGGUACAAUUUUACUUUGUAAUUAUUUUUAAUCAUUUCUGUGAUUCGAUCAAUAGAAUGUAUGAUGAUGUAUCUUUUUGGACUGUUAUGCACUUCUAUUUUUCUGCUUGCAAAUGCAAUAAAUAUUUUUUUGAUCAA